GCCAUUUAUUAUUUUUCGCGAUAACAGAAAUAGGGCGUCAUAUUUCCUUCAAAUGAAGAAAUGUUGAACUUGAUAAAUUGGAUGACAUUUACUAUGUUCUGUUGUUAUGUUUGACUUCAUUUAAGGGCAUGACGACUUCUUUUGAAAAUUGUGGCAUUUGUACAUUACGACACAUAUCUAAGCUGUCCGUGGUUUGGUGCUCAGACUGUGAUGAAGGUUUAUGCCAAGAUUGCAGAGAACACCAUAGUCUCCUUAAGGCAACACGAAACCACAACAUUAUUUCAAUUGUUGACUACCAAAAAUUACCAUCCUUUAUUGCAAACAUCAAAUUGCACUGUAGCGAACACGAUGAGAAAUAUUUGUUGUUUUGCAAAAAGCAUAACCAACUUUUAUGCGGAAAAUGUGUCAUUUCACUAAUCCACAAGGAAUGCAAAGAGAUAUUUUCCGUUGAAGAUGUGGUUCAAAAUGCGAAGACAUCUGUUGCCUUUACAGAGAUCGAAUCUUUACUCCAGGAACUGCAAGAGAACGUCGGUCUUAUUCUCCAAGACAGACAAAAGAAUUUAUCUUCAAUAUCAACAUCAAAAGAGAAAAUCGAAUCCGAAAUAUUAGCACUUCGAAAGCAUAUAGAUUAUCACCUUGAUAAAAUGCAAGACCAUGUUUUAGCCGAACUAAACACAACUGUGGAAAAUUCAACCAAACAAACGCAUAGCUUCAUUGAGACUCUGAAUAAAAACCAAAAUAAAAUUAACGAGUGCAUAAAUGACGUAGAAACUAUAAAGAAACACGCAACGGGUAUUCAAACAUUUUUAGGAAUUUCUCAUUUAGAAAAAAUAAUUAGUAAAACAGAAAACGAACUACAAACUUUGAUUAAAGGUGAUAGUUGUGUUCACACCGUAGUUUCUUGUCAAUUAAACACUUCAUUACAAACUAUCAGUAAAGAAAUAAAUGCGUUCGGAAAAAUUAUAGUAGAGAUUCGACCAUGUGAACUGCCAUUACAAAAAAAGAAAGAGGGACAAGCGCAAUCAAUGAAAAUAAACGUCGAGCCUGAAAUUCAUGUUGAGAAUACAUCACUGGAAUUGAUAACGAAAAUAAAUACAACAGCUUUUAAUGUGUCAGGCUGUUGCUUAUUUCCUAGUGGGAAUUUCGUAGUAUCAAACUUUGAUCCUUCUUACUUGUUAUUUUUAACACCCAAAGGAAACAUUGAUAAAAAAAUCACCAAUAUUAUGCCAAAUAUAUAUGAUGUUGCAUGCAUUGACGAUGAAAGUGUUGCCAUCAUAUCAUAUACUGAGAGGAACAUUAAAUUACUUAGUGUAAAAUCGGGGAAGGUAUUCAGAAGCAUUGAAACUAGUUUUUCGUCGCGUAGCUUAACUUAUUCAGGAGGCAAAUUUAUAGUUUGUCCUGAUAAAGGCCAAAUACAGGAAGUCAGUUUAGUGGAUGAUAGGAUAAAUAUAAUUGGCAAUAAUCUGGUCUCAACUUGUGUGGCUUCAUCAGGCAAUAAUCUAUUCUCUAAAAAGAGAGCUACGAAUACGAUAGUCUGCCAUAAUAAAAUUGGAGAUAUUUUAUGGACCUUUUUAAACGAAACCGUUCUGACGGGACCUAGUGGCAUAACUGCAGAUGAACAUGGGAAUAUUUUUGUCGUCGGGGGCAAAUCAAAGAACGUAGUUGCGAUAACUUCGGAUGGUUUAACGCACAAAAUACUUCUGUCAGAAAAAGACUUGUGUAAUUCACCAAGGGCAGUCUGCUAUAACAGUAUAUUAAAAUAUUUGCUUGUUGCUAACGAAACUGACGGCCAUGCAUUUUUGUAUAGGGUAAAUUACGAAUAACUAUAUUUUAUGUUUUUAUAUAA